AUGUUCCGCGAUGACCCGACGGCCAAGGUCUUGAUCGCUUCCCUCCUCUGCGGCGGCCAAUCCCUCAACAUCACCGCCGCCAACCGCGUCAUCCUCACAGAGCUCUGGUGGAACACGCCCGCCGAGGAGCAGGCCUUUGCCCGCGUGCACCGCUUCGGCCAAACCAAAGAGAUUCACCUCGUGCGCCUCCGGUGCCCCGGCACCCGCGACGACGACAUCCUCCAGAUGCAGGCGAGCAAGGACGCCGAGUUGAGCAGCUGCCUCAUGUCCAAGAAGUCCUCUCUCGUCGGCAGGCCCAUUGUCGACGACGAGGGCACCAUCAUCGGCAUCGAACGCCCCAAAGAGGGCGGCGCCCCCUGCGAUAUCGAUGACGAGCUCUAUAGCCUUGCGUCUGACGGGGGCGAUCCCGCCUCCGACUCGGGAGACGAAGCUUUGGGAUUCGACUAG